UCGGAAUCAAUCACAGUUCACUGUUUGCCAGCCAAGCGUCAGGUUCUUGCAGCCAUGUCCAGCUCCAACGCCACCUUGUAUUACACUGCCAUAGACGAUAUGUUCAAGGAUCUGGUGCUGGACAGCAGCAAGGAGGAGCAGGUGACAGAGAAUGAGGCGCCAUUGACAGCCACACCGAAGCGCCUAGUGCGCAUACGCAAACAGAAUUUGUUUGCCACGGAAAUGGAGGACGAGUUCGUCAUAUAUCGCCGUUUGCCCAAGGCCACGGAUCUGUCGCCCAGCACGAAGGAGUUGCGCAAGGAGCGGCAGGGCGAAGAGCUGCUGCGUCUGCGUCGUCAGCGCUGGGAGGCUGGGCAGAAGAAGCCAACGCGACGCCUCACAAUGAGAAUUUGAGUGGGACGACGAGCGGAAAGUUCCAUUGAAUUGCUGCUGAUGUGAUCGAUAUCAAGCAAUCGAUUUGGCAAUCGAUUGCAGUGCUUCCCUAUUUUAUGCUCUAGUUUUUAAGAUUUAGUCAAAUAAGUUCUGCUAAGUAUGCAAUUGGUGAUUUCAAAUACAGUCAAU